AUGCUGUCUGUGCAAAUGAGAGAGAAGCAGAGUCUUCAGAUUAGUUUUCCUGAUAUUGACAUUGCAACAUGGGAUGCCAUGACGGAAUAUCUAUUGGACCCAUCCAAAGCCUAUGGCAUGACUGCGGAUCAGGCAAUGCAGACGGCCAAGCCGUACGAUGAAUAUGAUUUUGUGGGCUGUCGGCAGCUUUGUGAUCAGGCGUUGACAGCAUACAUGGAGAAUCUAACCAAUCAGGAGAUAGGUGCUUCUCUGGAUGUUGACCUGAUGGUGCAAGCGGUGGCAACUGCGUUCCAGUACAAUCUGAACACCGCGUGGGAAGCUGGCAGAAAGUACCUCAUGGCAAAAUUGACCAGCCAUGUUGCGCCCUUCUGUUUACUCAUGUUUUAUGAAAGUCAUAUACGAACACUUGUGCUGGUUCUUUUAGAGCUGCAGCCACGUAUCACUCACCAAGCAUUCGACACCUUGGCCAAUAAUCAUACGCCUCGUUGUCCCGCCCCUGUGGACCCAGGUGCUCCUCCCAAUCGAAAUGCAGUGCCACAACACCACGGUGGUUAUCUCCAUGAUACAUCCCCAAACGCGGGUCCGUCCGACCUGUGGUAUCAAAGAUAUGAAGAGCUGUUGGCGUUCAAGGAAGAACAUGGGAAUUGUAGAGUAACAGUGGCACAUCUGCUGUUAGGUCGAUGGGUUGGAAAGCAAAGGGCUCUGUACAAAAAGUACAAACUCUCUCAAGCAAAGGUCAAACUAGAAGUCAUUGGAUUUGAAUGGGCAUUGCAAAUCCACAAGAAGAAGACUGAUGUUUCCACGAAGGUGUUCGAUGCGACAUUCGAAGAGCGACUAAAAGAGUUGGUUGAGUUUCACAAAGAACAUGGUAACUGUCUGGUACCACAGCGUUGCGGAAGAUUGGGUAGAUGGAUAGGGACCCUGCGCACUGCGAAAAGAGAUGGAAAGCUCAGUGACGCAAGAGUAGAGAAGCUCAACAGGGUUGGUAUGGUUUGGCAGAUUCGAAAGCCAAAGCAGAAAGAAGGAAAGAAGCAAGAGACUUUUGAAGAAUAA